AUGUGCCUUCGGAUUUUAUUUACAAUUACGAGAAGUGUACGGAAAAUCAGUGUAAAAUGGUUGGCAGGUUAACUAGUUUAAAAUUUCCAUGAAUCUUCGAUGAUUCAGACAAAAGUGAGCAACCUUGUAGAAGUCGUGAACUUCAUGUACGCAUAGAUAAUUUGAACGCAAACAAAUAUUAAGUAAUGUCAAUAUAGUAGUACGUCUACUUGGGGUAUUUAGCUACUUUUUGCAAUAGUUGCUUGAAGAUCAAUUUUGAAUGUGAUAAUUAUGUAUUAUCUUAGUGUUAUCUGCAAUUGAAAGGUUUAUGCACAGAGAAAUAAACAUCCUAACGAACAAAGUAACUAGCUAUCUAUUACUAAAAAACUGUUUGAUGCAAACACCAACAGUACACUAGGUCUCUUCUUUGCAUCGCAAAAUAAAAUUAACUAGAAAUAUGCUGUAUUCAGCGUAUCACUGUAAGGACCUUGUGAUGAGUCAUGAAAGCUGAUUGUUCACCCAUAUCAGAUACACUUAUCACGGCUAUUACAAACGACGUUAUGCAGAAACUGCAUAAAAGUGAACAGCGAAGCAAAUGCACGACGAAUACAAAUGGUUGAAAACUGUUUCGGAAGCUCCGGGCAGCCUCUGUACGUCCCUGGCCGUGUCUUAGUCGGCGAAGGUGUUCUCACAAAGAUGUGCCGCAAGCGUCCAAAAGCGCGACAAUUUUUCCUUUUUAAUGAUAUUCUUGUCUACGGUAAUAUAGUGAUCGGUAAAAAAAAGUACAAUAAACAACAUCUUAUACCGCUUGAGGAGGUACAACUGCAAGCCCUGGAAGAUAAUGGACAGUACAGAAAUGGUUGGCUUAUACGAACAGCAACAAAAUCUUUUGCGGUUUACGCCGCCACACAAACUGAGAAGCAGGAAUGGAUGGCUCAUAUAAACAAAUGCAUAGAAGAUUUGCUGCGUAAAAGUGGCAAAAAACCGGUAGAAAACCAUGCUGCUGUUUGGGUGCCCGAUAGCGAAGCAAAUGUUUGUAUGCAUUGUAAAAAAACACAAUUUACUAUGUUGAUUCGAAGGCAUCAUUGCCGGAAUUGCGGUGCUGUAGUGUGUGGACCAUGUUCGUCGAAGAAAUUUCUCUUGCCCGGACAAAGCACUAAACCAUUACGCGUGUGUCUUGAUUGCUACGAUAGUUUAAGUUCAAUGAAGCGGGAAGAGAACAAGGGUAUCAAUUCGAACAAUAACAAACCAACCGUUACAUCACCUGAAAGCUCCGGCGACGAUGAUUCAGAUGAAGAAGAAGAAUCUAAGGAGGCUCAUGGACAGCCCAAAUUUUACGGAGAUGACAAACCCGAAAAAUAGCCACAAUUAUCCAACUGCGGUGUGAUCCUCCCACAGAAAACAUACCAGAUUCGCGAACGUCUCAUCAAUUUUGUAGCAGUUAUGUAAAAAAAAUAUACGAAAUUGCGCAGAAACAGUCAUCGACGAUAGUAUUUUAUAAAAUCAGUUCAAGGGAAUCGCAAACCACAAUCCUUCAUAGUUUUAAAACCAUCGUAUUCUUAUUUCGGUUUUAGCCCAACAAGCAGAAGCUUUUAACUUCCUUUGAAAAGGCUGUAAUAAAUCUUCAUAAUUCUUUGAAAACACCAGACACCUGGAACGUCGCCAUUCAGAUUUAUCAAAUGUGGGAGAAGAUCUGCACAGAUUUAUUAGAAUAUAAUUCGUGCACUACAAACAUUAUUUUUAAUUGAUGACGAAGCAAUGUGCUCGAUGGCAGUUGAAUUCAUUGAAUUUUUACAUUUUCAAUACCUUAAUAUUUUGAAAUAGGAAAAAAAACUGCGUAAUGUGUAACAUUAAAAAGCAUUGAAUUAUUACAGAUAGGUUAAUCAUUCAAAUCGUUAGAAAUUCUGAUAAUUUUAAACAAUAUCUGGCUGUAUUUAGAAUGUCAAACUUAUCAGAAUUGUUAUUCUUCUUUGCAAAUCAAGAUGUAUAUGGAAUAUAUGUUAGCUUAUUGAAUAAAA